AUGAGCCAAAGUCAAUCCGAAUCACAUCGUCGAGAAUAUCGAAAAUUCAAAAAACCUCCGCAAGCCAGAAAUAAACCAUCAAAUACAAUCUGUAAAUUUUUGGCGACACCAGAAGGCUGCAAAUUUGCUGAAAAAUGUCGAUUUCGACAUGAUAACAAUGUGAUACCUUCAGAAGAAAUGAGAGCAGAAUUCGAGAAUCUGGAAAUAUCCUCGUCUGAAAUUGCCCCCCAACAUGCAGAAAUUUUUGAGCCGAAAGUAUUGAUAAAAACAGCAAAUCCCGUGAAACCAUUUAUUCCGAGUUUGGUGAAAUUGAAAAAGGUGGAUUUGGGAAGUUUGAGUCAGAAACAACAAUUGAAAGCCGAGAUAGAGUUUUUCAAAAAGAGGUGAGAAUUCAAAAAUAAAAAUGGAAAGAAAACUUGAAAACAAAUUUGAAUAAUUUAAUUUCAGAAAAAUGAAACUGAUUAAAAUUUUUUAGAAAGAUAAGAUAAGAUCCUAGAUUAUGAAUUUUGAAAACAUUUUUGGAAAACAAUUUUCGAAAAAGAAUAAUAAAAAUUAUUUUCAGCCAAAUUUUCAUACUGUAAUUAUCUUUUAGAAAAUCCAAUUUUCACAAAAAAUCUCACUGUUUCAAAUAAAGCAUUUUCUCAAUUUUUUGCCAAUCGAUAAGUCAAAAUGACAAUAAUUCAAUUCUCUGAUAGUUUCCUUAAUUUUCCAGAUAUCGCCACUGUCAAAUCUCAGAAAAUACCUCAACCAACAACACUUCAAUAGAUUUUCGUUACACAAUAACUGAUCCUGAUUGGGUUCUCGAUCUCAAAUCUCUCAAUCUUCAAAUAAUCCUCGAUUCAAAUCAUCCAAUAUCUCCACCAAUUAUAAAUCUUCUCCAAGAAUCGAAUUUAUCGCUUCCAACUUUAACACAAAGUUAUCUCGAGGCAAAAAUCAGGGAAGCAAUCAAUUCAAAAUAUAAAUUAUUCGAAAAACGCGAUUCAUUUGAGACAAUCGGAAAAGCUUUGAUAAAAUGGAUUGAUCAUAGUAUUGUUGAAAUAUUUACUGAAGCUUUAAGAAGAACAAAAAUGGCAAUGUUUGGCGAAAAUAUUGGAUUAUCAUUAGUUAUGCCAAAAAGUGAAGAAAAAAAUGAGGAAAAAACUGUGGAACCGGAAAGAAUCGAUAUUCAGGAAGAUAGAGAAUCCAAGUCAAUCGAUAUUCAAGAAGUUCUUGAAUCUACGUCUGAAGAAUAUCCAAAAUUUGAAAAUCAAAACAAAACAUCUUGUGAAUCAUUCAAACCAAUCGAUAUUCUUCCCAUUGAAAUAUAUAUGAUUUGGAAAGAUCAAUCAAAUAAUAUUGCAACAAUUCGUGCAAUUUCGCUGAGAAUUUGCACAAAAUGUGCGAGAUGUGGAACAGAAAAAGACAACGAUUUGAAAUUGGAUGAAAAAAUUGUUGGAUGGAGAUGUCAAAAAUGUUCACAAGCACAGAGUUUGAGGUAA